AUGCAACAGGAAAGUGAUAUUAAACAGAUAGAAACAUGGUUUGUCAAAUUCAUGAUUUUCCAGAUGCGAACCUACCUCUUAUUGAGCACUGUAUCUCUUCUGUACACUUCACAAACAUUUAUUAUGGGGUUCAUUGGAACUGAACCAGAAUUCAGCUGUAAAAUUCGCAAUAAUUUAGAAAAGAUGAAAUGGUUUGAAGGUGGCAUGAUUGUAACACCUAUUGCUACACAGAUUUCCGAUUUGUAUGGACGGCGCCCCAUAUUCCUAACAUUAUUAUGGACAGCAGUUGUUGCAAGCAUAUUAAGUACUCUUGCGCCAAAUUAUUUUCUGUUCCUCGUUUUUCGCUUUGUUCAAGGCAUUGGCAUUUUGGGAAGUUCGAGUAUAGGAUGGGUUCUAGGCUGCGAAUCAGUAUCGGCAGAUUUUCGUUCAAUAAUACCCAUAAUUGGGAAUUGGACAUGGGUUAUCGGAACAUGUUUUGUUGGUGCUGUUCGGAUUUUCAUUCACAGAUGGCGCUUGUCGUAUCUAGCCAUUUCCUUACCCGGGCUAAUAACAAUCGCUUGCUACUGGUACGUGCCAGAAUCACCACACUGGUUGAUCAAUCACGGUCGAAAAAAUGAAAUCACAAGGCAAGUUUUUGAAGAAACGCUUUAUCAUAGUUUAUCUGAAUUAGGGAUUAUUGUGAAAAAAUGGCAUCCCAAGUCGGACCAAGUUGCAGUCUUAAUUUCUUGCAGGUAUGUUCGUGAAGUUUCUCGAAUGAAUGGUGUUAAAAUUUCGCUAAAUGAUUGCAAAUCUGUUAAUAUAAAAAAGAAGCAAACGGCUAGAUCAUUAGUGGAUAUGAUAAAGAAUAAGGCUAUCAUGUUUCAUUUGGCAAUACAAUGCUUCAUAUUGUUGGUAUUUGAUUUCAGACUGGUGAUGAAUAUGAUUUAUUGGGGAUUAGCGCUGACUAGCAUUCGCCUGAGUGACGAUAACUUUACCGGCUAUUUCAUUUCUGCAUUUAUGGACGUUCCGGCUGCAUUUCUUUCUAUUCCGCUAUUAACGAAAUUCGGUCGACGAACUCUAACUUUCUGUGGUUUAUUGUUGCAAGGUAUUUGCAUGUAUGGUGCGGCAUAUUUCAAAGAAACUCGGAACAUAGCUGUAAUUUUUCCUAUUCUGGCAAGAUUUUGUAAUGAUAUUCUGUGGUGGUGCUACCCGUUAUUAGUGACAGAAAUGAUUCCAACUUCUAUUCGUAAUUUAUUCUACGGAAUUUCAGUCUUUUUUGGCGAAACUGGCUCAGUUAUUGCACCCUACUUGGAACUACUUGAAACUUUUGGUGUUCGCGCACCUCUAAUUGCUCUUUCAACUUUAUCAAUUAUCGCAGCUGUUUUGAUUCUUACAACCCCUGAAACAAAGGGUAAACCAAUGCCUGAAGAUUUCGAUGAUUUCGAUGGAGGAUGGUUUGUAAACUAUUUUAUGCAGUGCAGCUAG